GCAGAUGGAUCUUAAUUUACAGUAUUGGCAGAGCAAAGGACAGUCGUUCCUGGAUCGACUGCGGAUUUGGUUCAGUGUCUUGGACCCGAGUUCCAUCCUCUCCUCUGAUGCUGAAAUUGAAAAAGCUCGCUCUCGUCUCAGCACUGAAGCAAAUCCCCUGAAGAAUGAAAAGGUCACUGAUGCUUGGUUACUGUCACUUUCCUCUGUUCACCCUGACACUGGAAAACUUAUUUCACCUGUGUUCCGUCCACAAGCAUUUUUGCCUAUAUCAGGCCCUUUGGUUGUUGCCAGUUUUUUGCCCCAUAGAGGGGUGAAACCUGCUGUUUUCUGGCAGUUUCUGCUCCAAAGUUAUUCUGCCGGGUUUAAUUUUGCCAACAGAAAUGCAACCAGUCCAAAGGAUAGCACAGCAUCUCUAAAACAGUCCAUUCUCAUUGUGGGAACAGUUGGAUAUUCAACGCUUGCUGGGGCGAUUCCUCAGAUAGUGAUCCAGCGAUUGCAGCUGAGAAGUACUGUGGUUCAGUUAUUUUUCAGGUCUGUGUUACCCAUACCGCUCUCAGCUUUCCUAGCUGCCUGUAACGUCCUUCUGGUGAGGAAUGAGGAGUCUGAGAAUGGAAUUCAGGUGUUUGAUUCUAGAGGAAAUGCUGUUGGGAUCUCAAGGGCAGCUGGGUCAAAGGCGGUGAAGGAAACUGCUGUGUCCAGAGCUGUACUACUGGGCACUACUGCAGCAGUCCCCAACCUGCUGGUAUUCCUCCUCCGCAGAACAAGGCUUGCACAGAGAAACCCAAUGCUGCUGGCACCUGUUCGGCACAUCAGCACCGCUAUAGUUUUGGGUCUGAUGAUCCCGGUCUCCUUCAGUCUCUUCCCACAGAUGGGCAAGAUUAAGAAGGAGUGUCUAGAGAAGGAAUUGCAGACUGAGGACAUGGUGGAGGAGGUGUAUUACCACAGAGGGCUGUGAGACUGUGUUUUAUCGCUCUGCAUUUCUGGUAAAUACGAUACAGUGACAGAAGAAGUCAGAUAAAUAAGAGGGUGAUUGAAAACAAUGGAGCAAACUCUAUGCGAAUAUUCAAACUGUUGAUGAAAUUUCCACAUAAGAAAAAGCAUACAGUCAUUUUACAGUACAAAUGAAGGUGAAAAUGAUGUUUGCUGUUUUUCAUUUGAAUCACUUUUUUUA